GCGUCCUAUGACUUUUACCUAACGCCGAGAGGCUCAUAUGGAAUAGUAAGUUCGGUGGACUCCAGGUUUAAAGUUCACCGCUAAUGGAUCUGAUCAAAAUAUCGCUUUUAAGUGUGGUACGGAGGAGCUACUGUGCAUGGACUACUACGCCUUUGGGAAGUCGACUGGCCAGUUUACGACAUGCAGGUGCACGUGUAACCGCCAAGCCAUCCCCAUAUUCAGUACAACCUGCCCUCAGCCGACACUUAAGUUUCAGUGGGCCAUUAUGGAAAGAUGUUCCAGAAUCUGAAGAUAAACCCACAGAGAAGCUUGACUUAGAUGUUUGGAAAUCUGUCAUGAGAUCUCAGACGCUGCAGGAGGAGACACAGGAGGAUGAAGAGGAACCAGGAACUCCAGGGGAGGAUGCUGAACUCUCUCCGCUGGAGGCCAGCCGCCAACUGGUGGAGGCGUGGCGUUUAGCCGGCAAGAUGGUGCCAGAUCAAAUGACUGAGGAACAGCUGGAGACUCUGGCAGAAUUAACUACCAAAAGCUCUAAGAAAAAAUUUCUCAAGUACUUGGCUAUUAGGGAAGGUUACAAAAACGCCAGGAAAGAGAAGAAGGCAAAAAAGAAGGAGGACCAAAAGGCCGAGAGCGAGGGGGAAGCUGAGGGAAGGGACGGAGAGACCGACGAGGAAAAAGACAAGGAAGGAGAGAGCAAGCUCAGGAACACGUUUCUGCUGAAGUUCUGGGAUCGUUCCUUGGACGUACUACUGGGAUGGAGGGCUGCGCAGGCUAUGCGCUUUGGCCAGCCCCUGGUUUAUGACAUGAGCUAUGAGCAACACAUGUCACGUCGCGAGAUGGAGAACACGGUCUCGCAACUGCUGCAGAGCGAGGGCUUCAACCGUCAGUCGUCGGACCCCUUCCAUCUGCAUUUCUGUAACCUGCGGCCCAACGGAGCGUACGAGCGCGAGCUGCUAAAACGCUACGGCGCCGAUACCUGGGGACGCCUCUUGAUCACCGCCACUCCCCAGAGCUAUGUAGAUGUGUUCCCUCACGAGAGCCUUGUCUAUCUCACUGCGGAUUCGCCAAACGUACUGCGUACUUUUGACCACAACAAAGUGUACAUUAUUGGCGCUCUAGUUGACCGCUCCAUCCAGUCGGGCGUCUCUUUGGCUAAUGCCAAGCGUCUCAAGCUGGCCACCGCUCGACUUCCCCUGGAUGAGUUCCUGUACUGGGAACUGGGAGCCAAGAAUCUUACCCUGGACCAGAUGAUCCGUAUUUUGCUGACUGCUAAGGAAACAGGCAGCUGGGAGAAGGCUUUGGAGUUUGUGCCCACGAGGAAGCAUGAUGGUUUCCACCAGCGGAGGAAAGAGAGCAAACCCACACCUGCCCCUCCUGUCAAAGCGAAUACAUUCACUGAUAAGGAUAUGAGUGGAAAUGUAGACAGACGGUUUGUUGAUAAACAGAGAAGGUCAAGGGAAAGUGAUACAAGUAGCAUCCCCAGCAAACCUAGCUUUGGAGUAAAGAGCAACUUCCAAGUCCCAAGCAGGCUAAGAACUUCACUGAAAACCAAAAUGGAAGAACGGAACAACAGAGAAAAGAGUAAGAGGAAGUGGUGGGAGGAAAACUAGCCAAUAAACUGUUGUCAUCGAGUCUAACUCAGGCCUGGUUUGUGUGACACUACAGGCUAUUUGCCUUAGGCUUGUGCAAAUAAAAUGGUUUGCUAAUGUGACAGAGAAAUCUGGUUGCCUGUAAAAUAACUAAAGUUUCUUAUUUUGGAUUCAGAGCCCUUCAGUUACUUAAUGUGGUGGCAAACCUAAUCCCCAUUGUGAUAAAACGGAAAUGUCAU